AGUGAGUCCCUCUGCUGAGAUAGUGGAGGGCAGUUCAGUGACUCUGACCUGUAGCAGUGAUGCUAACCCAGCACCUGAAUACACCUGGUACAACAUGAACGGUCAUGAACUCAGUAAAGAAUCAGAGCUCGUCUUCAGCUCAGUUCAGUCCUCUGACUCUGGAAGGUAUUACUGUAAAGCUAAGAAUGAUCUGGGAGAGAGGACAUCUGGAUACGUCAAAGUUGAAGUGAAAUAUGCUCCAAAGCUUCCCUCUGUGUCAGUGAGUCCCUCUGCUGAGAUAGUGGAGGGCAGUUCAGUGACUCUGACCUGUAGCAGUGAUGCUAGAAAUCAGACCUCAAUACCUGGUGAAGGAGCUCAGCUGGUCUUCAGCUCCAUCAAGUCCUCUGACUCUGGAGAGUUUUCAUGUAAAGCUGAGAACGAUCUGGGAAAGCCGACCUAUAAAUGGAUCUCUAUUGAUGUGAAAUAUGCUCCACAGUUUCCCUCUGUGUCAGUGAGUCCCUCUGCUGAGAUAGUGGAGGGCAGUUCAGUGACUCUGAACUGCAGCAGUGAUGCUAACCCAGCAGCUAAUUAUACCUGGUACAAGGAGAAUGGACCUCUAAACCUUAAUCCCUCAAAUGCAGGAGCACAGCUCGUUCUCAGUUCAGUCAACUCCUCGGCCUCUGGAGAGUAUUACUGUGAAGCUGAGAACACGCUGGGGAGAAGGACAUCCAAACACAUCUCUAUAAAUGUCAAAUGGGGAGGGAAAUCAGUGGCUGUUGCUGGAACAAUCACGGUUGUUCUCCUGGUUAUCGUGUUCCUCUCUGUCCUCGUGUGGAUCAGACAAAAGAGGGCUUCCAAUGAACCGUCUGAGGCUGAAGAGAGACAAGAACACACGGAGCAGGGACAACCAGAGGAGCAGGAAGACCUUCAGUAUGCCAGCAUACACUUCUCUAAAACCCAGGAGCCUCUGUACAGCAAUACCAGACCAGCUCGGCCUCCCAGGAGAACGGAGCAGCAGGACGUCACUGAGUACGCUGCCGUCAAAUUUACCAGGAACAGCACCGCCAUGAGAACCAGAAGUAAAGAACCUGAAGAGGAUCCAGCUGCUCUGUACAGCACCGUCAACAAAAGCCGAUGACCUCGACAGGCACUGUGUUCACACUCUGUUUUAGAUUUCAUAUAUUUGAAUGUAUGCAGGUUGCUUCUGAUUUUACAACACAUGUCUUAUGAACUGCUACUUAAAGAUUAUACCUUUGUAAUGAUUUUAACGGCCUGAUAAAUGUAACAUAAAGCAGCCUCGUUUUUUUUACCUCCAAUCUGUCAAAUCUACCACACAUGGGAAGUAUUUCAUGACUUAGACUGGGUGGUAUGUAGGGAUGUGCGCCAUUAGCAUGCUAAUGCUAGGUACCAGAUCUGCUCGGGUGGUCACAUCUGCUCGGGGUCUUGCGUCUGCUUGUUUACAUUACACAAUAUGAUCGACUGUACGCCUGUAUGAUGAUGUAGCACAUGCUCAGAGGGGGUUCACUUGGUCCCCCCAUUAUGUCUCUGCCUCAUUCAGGUUGAAGACAAAACGUCACAGGGACGUAAAUAUCGCAGCUUGAAACGGCAGUCUGAACAGGGCUACAGAGAAGCAGACCAGACCUCUGGUUUCAGAGAAACAACGUCUUUUUGUUCUGUUGAAGGUCAGAGCAGGAACGUGGAAAAACAUUGACCUCUGUUUUCUAUAGAAUACCAUCAGUGGCAAAUCUAGAGUC